GUAUACGCCUAUAUCAACGACAUUAUUAUCGCUAGCAAAGAUAUAGAGGAGUAUCUUAAGUACAUUAAGACGGUUUUCGAUAUCUUAGACAAGGUAUAUAUUUACAUUUCUAUAGAAAAGUCCUUUGUAGCCUACCUGUCAAUAAGACUCCUUAGUUAUAUAGUCAAUGGCGAAGGAGUGGCUAAGACGGACAAUAGAAUCACUAUAUUUAAGAAGCUCAAGUUCUCUAAUACCCUAGAAGCCUUAGAGUAG